CAUUAGGGUUGAAAUUCAGGUCUGUGUGAUUUCAGAACACAAACUUAAUGGCUUAAUGUAAAGAACAUUAUUACUCUUUGGGUGAAGAUGGAUACCUAGAUUUCAGAUCUAUACUUUGAGAUUUGUCAGCUGGAUGACCUUGGGCAGGAGACGUAACCUUUUAGGGCCUGUUUCUGCAUUUGUCAGAUGGAGAUAAAAUACCUCCUCUGUCAUAGGGUUGUUAUGAAGGUUAAAGAAGAUCAUUUUUGGGAUACACUUAGCAGAGUGUCUGGCACAUGGUGGUAAGCUAUAUAUAGCUGCAUAUAUCCUUCUGUUGUCAUUAACUGGGGACAGCAGACUCCAGCUCUGAGUGCUGCCAGCCAGAGCCAAACACAACUUGUGUGUGCCUAGAGGCAUAGGUGGGGGGAGGCAGGAAAGGAUAAGAAAAGAAAGGAGAACUGAGCACAGAUGAUAUGGCUGAUGGCAAUUUUAAGGACACCAGGUAGAUUAAUCUGUGGUACCCAGGGCCACUUUUUUGCCUUUGUGAGAAUCUUUUAAAAGGCAGUUUCUUUUAGCUGAUGAAUUGGAAAAAUACAUCCCACUCUGGGCUGAAGACUUUCCAAGAGCUCAAGAGAUGGCUGCCCAGUGUGUUACAAAGGUGGAGCUGAAUAUUUCCUGUGACAAUCUUUUGGAUGCAGACGUAGGGUCAAAGUCCGACCCUCUAUGCGUGCUGUUUUUGAAUACAAGCGGUCAACAGUGGUAUGAGGUUGACCGCACAGAAAGGAUUAAGAAUUGCUUGAAUCCCAAAUUUUCCAAGACGUUUAUUAUCGAUUACUACUUUGAAGUGGUUCAGAAGUUGAAAUUUGGAAUUUAUGACAUCGACAACAAAACCAUCGAGCUGAGCGAUGACGACUUCUUAGGAGAAUGUGAAUGCACCCUUGGACAGAUUGUUUCCAGUAAGAAGCUAACUCGACCACUGGUGCUUAAAAAUGGCAGACCUGCAGGAAAAGGAAGCAUCACGAUUUCAGCUGAAGAAAUAAAGGAUAACAGAGUAGUCUUGUUUGAAAUGGAAGCAAGAAAACUGGAUAAUAAGGAUCUAUUUGGAAAAUCAGAUCCAUACUUGGAAUUCCACAAGCAGACAUCUGAUGGAAACUGGCUAAUGGUUCAUCGAACGGAGGUUAUUAAAAACAACUUGAAUCCUGUUUGGAGGCCUUUUAAGAUCUCUCUUAACUCCCUGUGCUAUGGAGAUAUGGACAAAACGAUUAAGGUAGAAUGUUAUGAUUAUGACAAUGAUGGGUCACAUGAUCUCAUUGGAACAUUUCAAACCACCAUGACAAAGCUGAAAGGAGCCUCCAGAAACUCACCUAUUGAAUUUGAAUGCAUAAAUGAAAAAAAGAGGCAAAAGAAGAAAAGCUAUAAGAAUUCAGGGAUUAUCAGUGUGAAACAGUGUGAGAUUACAGUGGAAUGCACGUUCCUUGAUUAUAUCAUGGGAGGAUGUCAGCUGAAUUUUACUGUGGGCGUGGACUUCACUGGCUCCAACGGUGACCCACGUUCUCCUGACUCCCUUCAUUACAUCAGCCCCAAUGGCGUUAAUGAGUAUUUGACUGCCAUCUGGUCUGUGGGAUUGGUCGUUCAAGACUACGACGCUGAUAAGAUGUUUCCAGCUUUUGGAUUUGGAGCUCAGGUGCCUCCUCAGUGGCAGGUUUCACAUGAAUUCCCGAUGAACUUUAAUCCAUCCAAUCCCUACUGUAACGGAAUCCAAGGCAUUGUAGAGGCAUAUCGGGCCUGCCUUCCUCAGAUAAAACUCUAUGGACCAACGAAUUUUUCUCCAAUCAUAAAUCACGUGGCCAGGUUUGCAGCUGCAGCCACACAACAACAGACGGCUUCUCAAUAUUUUGUGCUCUUAAUCAUUACUGAUGGCGUGAUCACAGACCUGGAUGAGACCAGACAAGCCAUUGUUAACGCUGCCAAGCUGCCAAUGUCCAUCAUCAUUGUUGGAGUUGGAGGUGCCGACUUCAGUGCCAUGGAGUUUCUGGAUGGCGAUGGCGGAAGUCUCCGCUCCCCAUCCGGCGAGGUAGCCAUCAGGGACAUCGUCCAGUUUGUGCCUUUCCGGCAGUUCCAGAACGCUCCCAAAGAAGCCCUUGCUCAGUGUGUCUUGGCGGAGAUCCCCCAGCAGGUGGUGGGUUACUUCAACACAUACAAACUCCUUCCUCCCAAGAACCCGGCUGCCCAGUGAAAGGAGCUGUGUGGUCUGUGGUCACCGGAGCGGGAUUCUUCUGUGCUGUGUGGAGCGACGGCUUCCUCUCUGACACCAGAUCAUGAAUCUGUCAUUUUACCUGGUUUUCCCCAACCCCAGCAUUUAGGAUAUAAACCUGGUUCUGUGGAUUAUUCUUUUUAUGCUUUUUGGGGAGGAAAGUGCUAAGUUAAUCUUUGCCCAGUCAAUUCAGUGAUUGCUAGUAAUUGCGGUGAGGCUGUUUGCUCAGGAACCAGUGUGAGAAAAGCAGAUUUUGUCGUGGUGGUUGUUUGCUUUCAUAGGAUGAAAAUGGUGUUUUUGAGUAUAUGUUAAUUGAAAGAAUCGAAAUGGUUAGAAUGAUGGGAUUUACAGAUGGGUAUACACUGUUUGCUCCAGGCAAUAAAUGUUUUAUAAGCCACUGUUCACAGCUGAUGACAAGAGCUUCUUGAAUUAGAUAGUGUUAGAGGGGAAGAUAUAGCUUAGUGGUAGAGUGUGUGUUUGGCAUGCAUGAGGUCCUGGGUUCAAUCCCCAGUGCCUCCAUUAAAAAAAUAAUAAUGAUCAAUAAACCUAAUUACCUCCCCCCUCCCCCCCAAAAAACUGAAUUAAAUUAGAUGAUACUGAAUUUGUUCCUAUAUUUAGUGCUUUUCCAUGGGAUAAAACUACCUUCACUUGUACCUGAAUUUUGCUGCAGUUCAGACAUGCAUAGUUCAACGCAGCAUGCAUUCCUACAGGACUUCAUGAAAAAUACUAUGAGAAGGGAAGGCAUACAUUCAGUUCUUAAAAUUGUACAAUCAUCACGUAAAAAGAGCCUCAUAUAAGUAAGCCCUUUUUAUUUCCCUUCCUAGAUCUUUUAUUUUCAUUAUGGAAUACUAUAAACAUGGUCAGAUGCAAACUCUUCCCUGCCUGUAUGAGACACUCAGGAUUCUUUUUCUGCAGAGAUGACAGAUUGUCCUAGAUUGAGCAUUGUUAGCUUAUUUUAAUUGGAGUUUGUCAAAAUGGUCAGUCCUGCUUUGUCUAGGAAAGCUGUAAGGACAAAACAUAGAAGGAGAAAUUCAUAAUUCCAUUUCCUUAAAACUAAUGAAAGACUUAGUUAUUUAAAAAAAUUUUUUUUUACUUUCCUUGCUAAGAUCCCAUAUAUUGAUUUGUGUACUUAUAUAAAUUCAUUAAGAUAUUCUCUCCUUUUUUUUUUUUUUUUUUGGUAACACUUUUAGUCUGGUUUUUUAAACUCAUGAUAGUGGUUAUUAAUUAAAAUACCAUUUGACAUUUUAAUAAUGUGCUAUUUCCUAAGCCCAGAAUAUAUUGUAGUAAGUGUAAAACCUGUUGUAAUUAGAAACAAAAAAUCCAACUGCUGCAUAGGAUGGAGUGGUCGUUACAUGCUUUUUAUUAGACUAGACUUUUUUCCCUGAUUUUUACCUUUAGAACAUAAUUCUUAGCAAGUGUUACAUGUUCAGAAUAGACUCAGUAACGUCUUACUGAGGACCUGUGCGCCAAGUACUGUGCAUAUCCGUAUAGUGGCCACUCAUCUUUAACAUUCGGAACUGUGUGUUCAUCACACGUCCUUCAGUGGAUCCACCCUGUGCCAUUCAUUCCUGUCACUCUUGUUGAAAACUUGCACCACAGCUCAUGUCUUUUGUUCCCUGAAAUUUCUGAAAGACGUGAGCUGUCAGCCGUGAGCAGCUCUUGGCUUCUCGGAAACAGCUCAUUGCCAGGGUCAGGCUGAAGAGAGUGGGGACCUGCUUGCCAUCGUGGUUGCCUCGUCCAGGUGAGCCGUUACCACCCUCCCGCUCGGCCGGCUGGCCUCUGGAUGUGUGUUGUUGACCUGAAGGUAAUAAUGAGCAGUCUGUUACCCUGUAGCAUGUCUCCUUAGUUGACACGUCCCUUUGACAUCAGUUAGGGGAAAAAAAGAACUGGUGCGUCUUCCCCUGGUUUGAGCCUUUAUUGUCUAAGAUUUUCUGGUUGCAGUUCUCUUUCCAUGCUUAGAAACAGCAUAUGUAUGUUGCUGUUGUUUUCAGAAUUUUCUUUUUAAACACAUGAAACCUUUAACAAACUGGUUUACUAUAUUCUUUCUCAGUCUGCAGUAAAACAGAUAGAAGGUCUCCUGUUUGAAGCUGGGGCGCGGUCCAGAGCCCUGCUCUCCGGGCCUCCUCCCCACUCUCCUUGACCAGAUCCUGGUGGCGCCGGAGUCCCCUGCACAGGACCCCUGGGAAGCGCUGGUCACGAGCACUCAUUGUUCUCAUCGGCCACAUAACAGUGCUGCUGGCACCACUGUCCCAUUGAUGAUUUGGUCUUCAUAAUUUUCUGUUCUGAUUUUAACCAAAAUUGUUCCCUUUUGAAAAUUGCUUUUGUAUUAUUCAGUCUUGACCUGGGUCAUCAGGAGAUGCUAUUUUUCAUAAGGACCACGAUUCCAGCAAAUUAGGGUCGCUGAUAACCUUUCUGCAGUUUUGAAUCGAAGCGUUUACAGUUUCUAAAUUACCGUUUUUAUAAAAUUCUUACAAUUUCAACGUUUCACCUCAUCACAUACUGGUUUAAUAUUGUUUUAUAUUAAAAUAGCCCUUUUCCCUAUUAUGUCUGCUUUCAUUAAAGUGCUGUUAGUUCUUUUUCUUUUUUUCUUUUUUUUUAUUGAAGUACAGUCAGUUACAAUGUGUUGAUUUCUGGCGUACAGCACACUGUCCCAGUCAUGCAUAUAUAUAUAUAUAUAUAUAUACACACACAUAUAUUUGUUUUCAUACUUUUUCAUUAAAAGUUAUUUCAAGAUAUUGAAUAUAGUUACCUGUGCCAUACAGAAGAAAUUUGUUUUUUAUCUAUUUUUAUACAUACUGGUUAAAUUUGCAAAUCUGAGACUCCCAAAUUUAUCCCUUCCCACCCCCUUUCCCCCGUAACCAUAAGAUUGUUUACAUGUAUGCGAGUCUGUUUCUGUUUGUAGAUGAGCUCAUUAGUGUCCUCUUUUUUCUUUUUCUUUUUUUUUUUAGAUUCCACAUAUGAGUGAUAUCUUAAGUGCCAUUAGUUCUUAAAAUGUAUUUAGAGAAAAAUAACAAGUUGACUUUCACACCUCAUAUGAGCAGAUAUACUGCAGACAUACAGUGGGGGUGACGGUGCCCUGGAUAGAUGUAAAGUUUCUCACAUCUGCCUGAACUGAGAAAAUAGUAUACCAGUUAGCACUGUCAUGUCGCCUUGUGCUUAGAAUUGAAAAUUUUUAAAUCGUAAAAAUUUAAAGUCAGAGCAGGGAUUUACAACUGUCCACUUGGGUAGUGCCUUAAGCAGCCUUUCCAGAGUAAAUUCAGGGCCCCCUCGUUGCUUAACGCUUUAUUUGACCUGCUUUGCCUUUUUCAUUUUGUAAAUUUUCUGGAAAGUCAUCCUCAAUAAGUUUCUCCUUGUCUCUUUCUGUGUGUGGUGGAUAGUCAGGGGAGUGACUCAUCAGGUCAGCUGGAAGUUUGGUUGAGGUCACGAGAGACUGGUUUUUGCUUGUCCGGAUGUCAUACUUGAUAAUAAGUGUAUGUUACUAAUGUAUGAAUUGAUGUUAAAUGUAUCUUCCACUUGAAUUCCCUUUGGAUAAAAUUAUCUCUUGAUGUGAUACAAUAAUUCCUCAUUUUGGUUUUUAUUCUUUCUCUAAAUGUUACCAGUUGAAAAGUUAGAAAUAAAGUGAAUAUAGUACUUGAA